AUGGCCAACACAACUUCUUUCAGCGAUCCAUCAGCGAUCUUCAAUCUUCCGACCCUUCCGAGUUACACCCUUACUCCUGUCAAGCCUCUCCUUCCAUACGUCGACGACUUCUACCUCUCCCUAAUACUUCCAAUUGCGGCAUAUUGGGCACUUUCUAUGGUCUUCCACUACAUCGAUGUAUACGAUAUAUGGCCACAAUACAGAUUACACACACCUGCCGAGAUAUUAAAGAGGAAUCAUGUGUCACGAUAUGAAGUUGCACGCGACGUCAUCAUUCAACAAGUAAUUCAGACAGUUAUGGGAGCGAUAUUGGGUCUUACAGAACCAGAAGAGAUGGAAGGAAAGGAGAAUUAUGAUAUUGCACGAUGGGCGACAAGACUACGAAUUGCACAAAGAGCUCUGCCUAAGCUACUCGGACUGGUAGGAUUGAACGCCGCCGCGAUUUCGAAGAACGUAUCAGCAUCACAUCCAAUCAUUGCUGGAGUGUUAGCAGGUGGAAACUAUCCUCUUGCCAUGAGAUAUAACAGCGUCAGCGGUGCGCAGGUUCCUGCGUUUACGGAAUGGGAGAUGUUUACCGCAAAGGGAAUCUACUGGUAUCUUGUACCAGCAUUACAAUUCGCCUUGGCAAUUGUAAUCGUCGAUACGUGGCAGUACUUUCUUCAUCGUGCUAUGCAUAUGAAUAAGUGGCUAUACACCUCUUUCCACUCACGUCAUCAUCGCCUCUACGUCCCAUACGCGUACGGCGCAUUGUAUAAUCACCCAUUCGAAGGGUUUUUACUCGAUACAUUAGGAGCCAGCAUUGCCUACAAAGUGGCGGGAUUAACGGCUCGACAAGGAAUGGCUUUCUUCGUUGGAUCAACAUUCAAGACGGUCGAUGAUCAUUGUGGAUACGCGUUUCCUUGGGACCCUCUGCAGCAUAUCACAGGCAAUAACGCCGGAUACCACGACAUCCACCAUCAAAGCUGGGGAAUCAAGAACAAUUUCUCACAACCCUUUUUCACAUUCUGGGAUCGUGUUCUUGGGACGGUCUUCAAAGGCGAUGUCACCGCACGCUACGAGCGUUCACGAAAAGCUGCACAGUUCAAAGUUGACGCCGACAAUGUAAAGCUCCAGUAA